AUGCCGCGAUGCAUCUGCGUCGCGAUCGCGCUCACCGUAGGGGUGCUGUUGUUGCAGGUCGAUACCAGUGCUGCCGAUCGGUUCCAGGACAACAUCUUCUUCAACUACUACAACUCGUCCGGUGAUUUGGUGCACGUUUACAACAUUGCGGAAAACAAUACGUACGAGUACGACAGUGACUGCCAUCCCGGCGGGAAGUUCGCCAUCGUGGUGUUCGGCUGGAAGAUUAGCUGUGAUAAGUAUUUCGUCCAGGAUCUCAUCGGCAAUCUGACCAAACACCGCGGCGGCUGCGUGAUGUGUAUGAGCUACGAUCGCUUCGCCCAGUUGGCGACCUACGCGCGCCUGCGCCGCAACUUCAAAGACAUCCACGGAGUGCUGCGGCAGAAGCUGGAUUUUCUGGAAAAAGAAGGCUUCAGCCCGAACGAUGGGUAUCUGUACGGGUUCAGCUUCGGUGCCCAGAUGGUCCUGGCGGCCGCGAAAGACUAUGGAACGCGCAAGCUGAAGCAGAUAGACGUCUGUGAUAUCGUUGGCAAUGGGUUCGACACAUCCGACACUAACGCCCCUAACCACCGGGUGGCGGCCAAGAACGUGCAGUGCAUUCACACGAGCCGUAACUACGGGACGCGUCACCGGUCCAGCUGUCACCAGGAUUGGAUUAUGGGAGACUGCGGGGCCAACCAGCUAGCGGCCCCGCUAUCGGCUUGGGGAUCGCACGGAGUCUGUACGCUGCUGUAUAACAGUGCUUUCGAGCACGAGUUCCUGGCCGGACCGAAACCGGCCAACUGUACGGCGGACUCGGAGUUGCGGACGUGGCCCGUCGGUUUCCGGAUGGGCUACCAGGAGACACCAGACCCGAAUGUCCGAGGACAGCUAUUCUCGCCCACCUUCGCCGAGUACCCGUUCAACGUGAACGUUACCGCGGCCGACACGAAUAGCACUUUCAACACAGGGCCAACGAUCUCCGACAACGACAUCGAACAACAGAGCGUCCAGCUUCGUUCGGUCCAAUCGGACGGUUUUCCGCUGGACGCCGUAGAUCUCGAUUCGAGUGAAAACGCCUAA